CGCUAAUUCAUAUGGGGUUCUACUUUCCAAGAGCGUCUGUAUUUUUGAAAAAAAUUGCAGGUAGCCAUUUCUGGAGAAGAAGGGAAGAGGAAAAGGCAACCAAAGGCCUUGCAUUGGAGGAAGGAAUUCUUCAAUUGGAGAAACAAAGUGAAUAGGAAUUUGCAUUAUAAUAGCUUUGGAGUAAAUAAUAUUUGAGCAGGGAAAGUCAGGCAAAAUGUACAGCGGAUCCAGUGAUGGAGAGGGCAAUGAUGGUCUCUUGAAGAAGAUUUCCCAAGCUUCGUCGAUGCCCUGGGUUCGCAACUUACGCAGAUACAUUGGAACUGAAGCUGGUUUGGGUUCUGAGGCUCUCAUGGAACUAGAAAUGAAAAGGAUUCUUCUUGAACUUUUCAAAGAGCGACAACAAAGAACUGCAAAUACUAGGACUAUUCCAAGCUUCUACAGAAAGAAGUCUUGUAAGGGAUCUAUUGCGUCUAGGGUCCAAAGGUUGGCAAAGGUCAGAUUUUUAAAGAAGCAAUCAAAUUUACUAUUAAAUGAAGACGACCUAGACACCAUGUGGGCAUGCUUGCAAGAAAAUUGUGUCAUUGAUGAUUCAAAUGAUGCUGAAAAGAUGAACUACGAAGAUUUUUGCCAUAUAGCAUCUGUUUGUGUAGAUCAAGUUGGUCCAAAAUGUCGGCAUUUUUUCUGUCCAUCAAAUUUUAUGAAGUUUGAGAAGGAUGAGUCUGGGAGGAUAGCUAUCUUGCCGUUUUACCUGUAUGUUAUGCGCACGGUUUCUCUGACCCAAGCACGGAUAGACAUGAGUGAGCUUGAUGAAGAUGCAGAUGGUUUCUUGCAGCCACAUGAAAUGGAAGCUUACAUAAGACACCUUAUUCCAAAUUUGGGACAGCUCCGUGACAUGCCUACUGAUUUUCUCUAUAUGUAUUGCCGUAUUGCAGCUCAUAAAUUCUUUUUCUUUUGUGAUCCUCACCGACAAGGGAAGCUGUGCAUACAGAAGGUUUUGUUAAGUAAUUGUCUUGCACAACUAAUGGAGUUACACCAGGAAAAUGAAGAGACAGUUGCUGAUAGUGGCCAGGGCGUGAACUGGUUUUCUUUAGCAACAGCUCAAAGGAUCUGUGAUAUGUUUGUUGCAUUGGAUAAGGACGCAAAUGGGACAUUGAGCAAACAAGAACUUUGGGAUUAUGCUGAUGGGUCCCUCACUGAUAUUUUUAUUGAACGAGUAUUUGAUGAGCACAUCCGUUGUGGUAAAAGAGGUGGAAGAAAUGGUCGUGAAAUGGAUUUUGAGAGCUUUCUUGACUUUGUUUUGGCUUUGGAAAAUAAAGAUACACCCGAGGGUUUGACAUAUCUCUUUCAUUGCCUUGAUCUCAAUGGAAGAGGAUUCCUCACAGCGGCAGAUAUUCAUACCCUUUUCAGGGAUGUGCAUCAGAAAUGGAUUGAACUUGGACAGGAUGACCUUCAUAUAGAAGAUGUUAGGAAUGAGAUCUGGGAUAUGGUCAAGCCAUGCGAUCCGCUGAAGAUCACUCUUACAGAUUUACUUUCAUGCAAACAAGGGGGCACUGUAGCUACCAUGCUGAUAGAUGUCUAUGGUUUCUUGGCUCACGAGGAGCGUGAAAAUCUCUUACAGGAGGAAGAGGAAGUAGAGGAAGAAUAAAAUUUUCGUUUAUUCUCUCGAUGGGUUGUGUCUUUGGUAUCACCAUGCUUUUUGUUAUUAAAUUAUAAUGCGGAAACCUCACUGCCACUAGAUGUGGCUACUAACUGUGCGUUGCUGGAAUUUGUUGUGCAUACAAAUGAAUGUGCACGAGGACAAAUGCCUCCUUUCAAUGUUAUGAACCUUGCCCUUCUGGCAUUUCUUGUUUGGAAUCAAGUCAUACUCACCCAUUCCUUCCUAAUUUGGAACAGAUUAUAUCCAUGAAACAAACAUUUUGUGUUCUUACAAGAUGAAUAUCGUUUGCAAUUAGUAAUAUUUCUGGGCUUCUCGGGACAAGUUAUUCAGAUAUACUAAUCAGAUGUCACGAACCUUGCACUUCUCA